UUCAGUUUAAUUCAGUUGUGUUAUUUUAUGUGCUGCACUCUGUCUCUAGUCUUUCUAUCUCACUCUCACUUUCUCUCUCCCUCCCUCCAUCUGCUCUCUUCCCUAUCUGUGUCCAUCUCAUUUAGUCUUUCUAUCUGGAUCUCCAUUUUGUGACAUGUCUUCACUUUGGUUUGGGUUUUUUUAUUUCAAAAUGCUGGCACCCUGAACUUUGUUUUUAAUGGUAUUCGCAGUGACUUCUCUCUUCCUCUUUCACUCUCUCUCAUGUACUUUUUACAUUGUGUUGCCGCCGUCAUCCAGUCACAUUUGCAUGAAUGACGUUUGUAUUUCCUCCAUCAGCAGUAGAAACGGCUGUAAGAAAACUAAAGAGGGAAGAGGAACCAAGGGCCUUUGUGGUGAGAGAAGGUGCCACAGUCACAUGCUAUCUGUCACUCUCUUGUUCUUGUCACCUUUCAAUGUUCCAAAGGUGGAUUUUUGUUUCCACAUUUUGGAUUUAAUUGGACAACCUUUAGCCGCUGCAGUGUCACCUUUAAGUUCCAAGUUCUGGUAAUUAGUGAGCUCCAUCUCCCAGCAUCACAAGGGUUGUGUUACCAUGGCAACUAGUAAGCAGAGCUUUGUGAGAGCUACCGAGCCUCAGUGUUCAGUGUCUGCACAGAGAGAGGAGGAGACGCAUGUUAAGGCCCCUCUCACGACUAUGUAUGUCCACAACGUUCCUGCCCCUGGCCUGCAGCCAUAUCCUCAGGCCCAACCUGGAACCUUGCAGGAUGCAACAGUUCUACCACUGUUCUUGCCAAGGAUGUGUAGCAACUCGACUCUGCCCUCUCUGACACUGCAUAUUGCCAGCAGGGCUGCUUUGCAACAACAAAGGCUAAUGGCUCCAGCAACCUCGGCCAGACCUAAGCCUAUUGGGAAGCAUAUUUGCCCACACUGCGGCAAGGACUGUCUGAAGCCCAGCGUGCUUGAGAAACAUCUCCGUUGCCACACAGGAGAGCGACCGUAUCCCUGCACUACCUGUGGCAUUUCCUUCAAGACGCAGAGUAACCUUUAUAAACACAAGCGCACACAGGCUCAUGCCCGCCUUUCCAGUGAAUCUGACAAAGGCACCUUCAGCAGCCAGGAGAGCAUGGAGAGUUCAAAGGACAACUGUACCAGUCUACCCUCUGAGAAGAAUGACGGAGAUUCAGUUGAUAUAAAGAGAAGCAAAGAGGUUCUUCCUGUAGUGUCAGUGACAAUACCAGGUCAGGAAGACACCACAGAUGCUAAGAGAGUGUCUGACAUACAAUUGGCAUUACACAAUGCUGCCAUGGUUGGAUUUAGCACAACUUCAGCACUUCAAGACAAGGUAAAUUGUUUGAGAAAAUCUGUGGAGUUAUCAGUUGGCAUGAAAAAUAAUCCUGCUAUCCAACAGACAGGUGCACUGAGUGAGGAUGGAUGUACAUCGUCGAUUCCAAAUCGUACACCGCUUCAGAGGCAGGAAGCUUUAUUUUCCAAACCAUGGGAUUCCCCCAUGUCCCGGGGAAAGUCUCAAAGCCAUGACAGUACAGACUCAGGCUUCAGUGACAGCAGUGAGCAUCACUCAUCCAGCAGUCCUGGAGCAAGUUUGCAUGAUCCCACUAUGGAAACAUUUAAAGAAACCACUAUGGAACGGCAAGAACCAGGUUCCUCCCAGACACCCUCAGAGAUGACCCCUGAGGACACCAAAAGCAAGGUGUCCAUUCAGGAGAAGCAGAAGCUGGAAGAACAUAUUUCAAAGCUUAUAUAUGAGAAUAGUGUGUUAGUGGACAAUAAACAACUGGAAAAUGUGCGUCCAAGAAAGACAGUACUGUCAAAACAAGGAAGCAUUGAUCUUCCUGUGCCGUACACUUAUAAAGACUCCUUCCAUUUUGAGAUAAGGAGCAGCAAGCACAUCUCAAGCUCUCAAAAUCAAGACAAACGAGGUGGGGUAAUUCACAGCUCUGUGCCUACACAACACUCCACUAGCAUAGAGCAUGCACCAUUAACGCGAAGCAGUUCUUUACCUUUCACUAUGGGUGGCAAACCCACUGAUGGAGCAAUGAAUUUAAAUCUUAGCAGAAGGUGCAGUGCAGGGCAUGUUUACCCAAUAAGAUCAUCAGACCAACAAGCACAAAUUCAUCGCUCACUAGUUAGGCAGGUAGCGGUAGAUUGUUUGCCUACUGCAGAAGGAUCCCCAGUUGAAAGAGGUAGUAUGAGCAGCCUUAGCUCAGAUGGAGACAGCACCGAUUUUGGAACAGAGCCAUGUAUAAAAGGAAACUACAGGAGGAAAGCCCGGAAAUUUGACUACACAAAAUGGCACACUUACAAAGGUGGGACAUUUAGGAAACUAUACAAUACUGAGAAAGACUGUCCACUGAAGAUGAACAAGACUGCAUCAAGCUCUGAACAAGCAGAGAGCCUGGAAACUCAAAUUAGCCAACAGAGAGACGAUGGAUCUGUGUCUCUGAGCUUUACUUCCUGUUCUACUGUGACCUUACAAAAUGACCUUAAAGUGUCAUAUACCAGCUUUGAAAAUAAUAACGUGAUGGGGGCAGACAUGGAAAGGGAUAAAUCAGCAACACAACACAUUGACUGCCAUAUCCCAUCAGAGAGGAAGAAACAGCGCACUGGAAAUGAUGUGCAAAUGCAAAUUUCAGAUUCUAGAACUGGACAGGCAAAUGGAAAUCUGUGUGAUUUAAUGAGUCAAUCACUUCUGUCAACUUGUGCAACACAGAGCUCCAUCACAGUUCCAGCACAAAAGGUCAGCAUGCAAAAUCUUCACCCGCACGGUAGCUUCAUACAUCAGUUCUCAAAUCCAAGUCACUUCCUUGGUAAUACACUUAGUCCUGCUUUUUGUUUAAUCAGUGUGACUGGGACAUCUGGCACCCCGUCUGGUUCUAUCAGCAGCCCUACUGUCCCUGAAGCCAAGACCAGCUUUCCUCCCAAGUACCAGCUGAAGAUUCCGUGUUCCACAGAUGGAGUGUCAGCUUCUUGUUCUGGUUCCACUUUAGCACAUAGCACUUGUUCAACCAUUCCAGCUCUUAGGGAAAGCUGCCAAACUACAGUGCAGUGCCAUCUUGAGAACAGUGUAUUAUCCUCAAACCAGAGUCAGGGUGCUUCAAUAGUCGCAACCUUUGACCAGAGUAAGCAAGAUGUGUUGUGUGCGACAACUUCAACACCUAUGUCAUCGGUUUCCUGUUCAGGGCUGAAUCAAACAAACUGUUUAUCCAAAGCCCUGACACAACUUCAGUCUACCACUCCUACAUCAAUUUCACUCAUUUCUCCUAUGCUACUUCCACCAGUGCAGCAUCAAGUGUCUUUGUUGCAGAGCAACGGUGCAACAGGUGCGGUGGAAAGCCAGUCACUAGUUCCUGUAUCAUCUGUAUUGCAUCAACCUCUUAAAGUUUUAACAAACUCAGAGAACACUCAGCCUGUCACAUCAACGAACACAAUGUCAACAGUGAGUUAUUGUUCUGAAUCUGGUCUACAAAUCUAUGCUUCAGUAACUACGACACCUACAGUUCAAAACCAUCCUGCCUCCCCUGUGAGUGGACCAGGAAAACCUCUUGGUCUUACAGCGGACAUCAAAUCCACAGUGUAUGAGAAUACUCUAAACAGCACUGCCUCUAAAAUUACCACAGGUGACUUUCAAGGGUCCCAGUCAGAAGGAAAAGUGAUAGUACUAAAUGGCUCAGCGCAGUCUCAGAAUACGUUUUAUGUACGAACAGCUGACCUCCAGAUCGUCAUGCAGCUCAUUUCUGAUGAACAGUUAGCACUGAUAGAGCCUCAUAUUGAAACAACAACUUCAAUCACUUUAACAAACCAUACAUCGCUUUCACAGGAGGUAUAUAGCAAUGGUGUGACUAAUGAGUGUACAGCACAGGAAAUGGUAAAUAAUGGUGAGAUGAGAAAAAAGAACACUUCCAAUCAUUGUGAAUCUGCCAGUUCCAUAAACAAAGCAGAAACUGUUUACAGUUUAAACUCUCAAAUUGCUAAAAAUUAUGCAAAUGGAAGCCCUCAGUGUGUUUCAUCUUUGUCACAUCCACAGACAAAGUUUCAUAUUACAGCUUCAGUGGAUUACAAUAAAAAUUCAACUGGAGAAUUGUAUGAACCACAGAAGAUACCUGAGAAUUCCCAGGAGAGAAAAUCUGCUGAGUUUGAGGUUACCCCAGGGUCACACCACAAACUAGUGGCUGGAGUUGAACCUCAUUUAGUGGACAAGAACUAUUCUAGACGAGAAAAUGACAAAGAGCCCAAAAACUGUUCUGUCCAUAACCCAGAUUUGGUCAGCUCCCCUGAGGAACAAAAAUUCACAGAGAUAACCAGUCUAAUGGAGCCAAAUCACAUUCAAACUAUGCCAGUGGAGCCAGAUGAAACAGACCUCAUGUCAGUCACAUUAUCAGAAAAUGGUGAGAGGGUUGAAACAAUGACAACUACACAGCUCGGAACUUGUAUUUGUAAGAAAAAGACCUCUAACGCAGAAUCACAGCAGAUGCAAAAAGUGAUAAACUCCACAAUACAACCCAGUCAGAACAAGCCAUACAGGGCUGUAUGUGGAAGCUCAAAUUUAAAUACAAGAGAAAUGAGAGCAUGUGACACAGGUAAACUCAGCUGCAAGCUUGGGACCCUGGCAACUGAAAUGUGUGGUCCAGGACAAACACCUACACAGUAUGAAUCCCAUCAGGCCUUUGCUCUUGGUCCAGUUGACUUUGUGAAUGACACUUAUAAUCAAAUAAAAGCAUCAUGCCCAAUGGUGAACAGGACAUCUAACAUUCGUGACAUUCUCGAGGACAGCACCAAAUGUGGAGAUGUGCAUACACGCCAUGCCAAUCUGGAAAUAUUUACAGAGCCUGGGGGGAAUGGUGCCCUCAAUAGCUUGAGGUUUCACAGGGACCCUGGGACAAAGAGCAAGGAAUCAAUCCCCAAAGAACCUGAGAGUGGAGCUGGAGAAGGGGAGAGACCAAGCACAGAGGUGGCUGGCACGAACAACACACACAACCUCACAUGCCAAGGCUGUGAAGACAAUGGAAAACAAGACAAAAGAAAGUUGCAGCACAUUGAGCUCUCUCAGCCACCACACAAACAGGCCUAUAGAAUGGAAGAGGCAAUGUCUUAUGAAGAACAUCAGACAUCCGCUCAAGCUCACCAGGAGGUGUCCUUCAACAUUUCAGAACCACUUCAGCAUGAACAAUUCAGAGAUUCAAACAAUCCAGAUGCAUCUGUUUGCACAAACAUCCUUUCACAAACAUGUCAACAUGAAGGUCAAGGGGAAUGUAACACCAACACCAGAAAAGACAGCAUGGGUGAAUAUUUGGGGAACAGCUCUUCUCGAGAGACAAUCCAACAUGAGACAUCCUCACUGACUGUGGCAAAAAAUUCUAAUCACACAUCAGGACAUCUUUUGGUACAUCCACUCUCAGUGAAUACCAUGCAAAAUGAAUUCCAAAAGGAGAUGCAGACAAGGGGUUCAAUGAGCUAUUGGAUUUACUCAAAAAGCACCCAAGUUCAGAUGCACUCGUCACAACACAAAACAAGUGGCACAACUGUAUUAGCCAGCAUUUCGCAAAAUAACUGUGGUGCUUCAAAGAUUGAAACCGCCAACACAAGUAUUACUUCAUCAUCCAGUGCUGGGCCCAGUUCUUGCAAUGCCUCAAAUCAAAUAUCUAGUCAAGAACUGCAAAUAUGUCCCCCAGCCAUACAUAGCAACUCAACAGAGCCUAAACUGUUCUAUUUAGGCAAUAAUAGUUACAUGGAACAUGAGGACAGUAACAGCAGCAGUGAUGAUGAGCAAAAACUAGUCAUUGAACUUGAGUAAGGUGUAAGUACACACAGACAAGGCAAAUCAACCCAUUCUCACUUCCAAGGUGUCCAGUACUGCCACUUGUCCAAGAGCUCCAUGCAUAACUAUACAGAUGGCAAAAGAAUCCUUUAGCAGCUUGCAAUGCAUGGUAAUUUUGUCAUGAAACUAUCAUUUUGUCAUCACAACAUAUGUCAGAUAAAAAUUCAGUCACUAUAUCAAUAAUUUAUUAUAUAUAAAUCAAUAAUUUAUUCAGAAAAUGGCAAAUAUUCUUAUGCGUUUAUUUUGUCUUCCUGUAGUCCAAACUGUAGGCCAUGGAUUUGAUUCCCAAGGAAAGUGAGAACUGAUCAAAUGCAUACAUUGAAUGCAGUGUAAAUCACUUUGGAUAAAAGCCAAAUGCAUAAAUCAUUUUUAUGUUUUAUAUUGUGGAAAACUGGUUAGGUUUAGGGUAGAUGUGUGGUUAGAUGCUCAAAAUGUCUAUAAUAUAAAUACUUUUCUAGAUACAGGAACAACUGACUAAAUGUGCAGAAUUAAAUGCAUAAUCAGUAUAUAAUACAUCUUUUUGUAGAAAUAAAGAACACAUUUGUGGACACAUUUUAGCAAGCAAAAUUAUAAGGUUAUUUUGAGAAACUAGCUUUGUGGUCAUUAAAAAAUAAUUCCUUUUCACCACUGUGGAAGUACAUUGAAAGAUGUCUCAUUGCAGCAAUGGGCUAUGGACUGUGUCAGUAAACAGUUGCAAAAAAAGAUGCUUUUGGCACCUGUAUCGCGCACAGAGCUCUUGGACAAGCUGUAGUAUUGGAUGCCUUGGGAGUGAGAAUGGGUUGCGAAAAUAAAAACAACACAAAUGUUGUCUUUACAUCAUGUUAGGAUUAUUGAAUUAUUGAGGAAACAAAUAGUGUAAUUACUACAUUUUGUCUGUACUUCAAUGGAACAGGUCAGAUGAGCUAGUAUGGAAGGAGGGCCUUUAGCGAAUAGAGUGCAUACUGUGUGCUGACCACUAGAGCCAUUGAGCCCCUUGCAUACGGCACCAGAUAACCACUGAUGCCCCCAGGUUCCUUAACGCAUAGAGCACAUUCUGACCACUAGGGCACAGAACAAGUGGUCUGUCACUAUACUCGAAAGUGUCCUCACAGGAACAUGAUCAGACCAUGCUAACUUCUAAAUUAGCAUGUUCUCAAUUAGCAAUUCUAGGCAGUUGUGGCCUAAUGGUUAGAGAGUCAGAUUUGUAACAUGAAGGAGCAAGGCAUCUAACCCCCAAUCACUCCCCGUGCGCCGCAGCAAAAAACGUCUGCCCACUGCUCCGAGUGUGCGUUCACAGUGUGCAUGUGUUCAAUACUCAUUUGGAUAGGUGAAAUGCAAAGCACAAAUUCUGAGUAUGAGACACCAUACUUGGCCACACUUCCACACUUCCACCAGGUGGAUGCUGCACAUUGGUGGUGGUUGAGGAGAUUCCCUCUUCCGUAUGUAAAGAGCUUUGAGCACCCAGAAAAGCGCUAUAUAAAUGUAAGGAAUUAUUAUUAUUAUUAUUAUUAUUAUUUAUUAUUACUUCACUAAAUCUGCCGUUUAGAUCAAAUUUUGAGACAUAAUAGUAACUCAAAUUAUUUAGUGCUUAAAUUAUUUAAUUAUAUAUAUAUAUAUAUAUAUAUAUAUACAUAUGUAAAACUGUCCUGUAACACGUAAUUUAACUGGCUUAUCUAUGUCAAAAUAUGAUUUUAUAUUAAUUAACUGACCUGAUUUUUAGGACACACAAACAAAAGUAAUUCUUAGACAAACCAUGAAAGAAUUUUUUUUCUGAUUUUCUCUUUUUAACGUGUAUGAAGCAGUUUUCAUCAUAGGGACCACACAAUGUAGGUUUUGGGUGGACAUUUUGUCCUAACAAAGAUAGCAAAACCUUUUCUCAAACACACACAGGCAAUCUUCAUUAUUUUGUUCGUGCCCACAUGCAUCCAGGUGCAUUUUAUGAAACACUGCUGUGCUGUGAUUCACACUGCAUUUCACAGCCCUAGGAGUUUCAGCUUUUACUUUGUAAAGGCACCUGGAGAAAGCACGAAGUGGGACACACACGUUUUUCUCAAGAGUGACUCACCAUGUCUGAAUAAGCAUAAAGCCUUGGCCAAAGAGUAAAUUCUCACAAUGGGGUUCCACAGAGAUCAGUCAUCCGACCAUCAGUAACUGCAGUGAUGGCAGUGAGUCAGCCAGUGGGAGGCCAAUGGUAAUGUGACUAAAAAGACUUUUACUCAUCAUAGACUUUAACCUUUGUGCACUGUCAUCAGUACUACUUGGCUGAAUGCCAUUUGCUGCUUUAGACAAAGGCAUUUAAUAGUCACUGGCUGUAUAAUGAUUCUUAUGUAACCAUAAAUGUAUAUUCAGGUGUUUUAAAAUGUUCUUUGAAUUGAGCUACUGUUAAAAAAAAAUGCAAAUUAACUUUUUUCAUGCUGAUAUACUGUGCAUUGUGUGCUUUUUGAUGAGUUGUAGUUAAGUGACAAAUCCAAAUUCUUUAUGUCUAAAUUCUAUUAAAGUCUUAUUGUAUUGUAUAUACAUAUAUAUGUUUACUGUACAUCCUCAAAAUUAUGUAAUCCAGCAUUUGCCAUAUAAGAGACAAGAGGUCAAACAAGCUCCAUGAUUCAUCUCUAUUUAGUGCACAGCAUGUAGUUCAACAACAAUCACCAAUGCUGUAGCAAGGUGGCCAUGUUUGCUGUAAUAUAAUAUUAUAAAACAAACAAAAAAAAAAAGCGAUUACUCUGCAUCACCUUAAAAACACAUAUUACAGCAAAAAUCCUUUGAAAAAGUAAGUCAUUGCUGGAGAAGCUUUACCAUUUUGAAAACAGCUGAACAAAUAUACACUACUAAAUAAUGUAGUUAAGUUGGUUACUUUAGUUGAGGGCCAGAGAUUAUCAGUUAAUAAAAAUAAGUAAAUCCUA